UCGAGAGCUAGGCUCGGGAUAACCAUAAUCACAUAAAAAUAUUCAAGUUACACGAAUUAAUAGUCACGUACACACGUACUAUCCAGAAGCAAGAAAAAAAAAGAAGGUAUGUCAAAAAUGAGUUUUCUCAAAAGCUAUGGUAUCAACCUCUCAAGAAAAUCCUCUCUCACAAAAACAAAUAGCCAAAUAAGCAACUCUAAGUUUGCUACACAAAAAUCCAACGUCAACAAGUCCAAAACCUAUCAAGCUAACAUGCAAGAAAUGAAACGAGUUUUCGAAACGUAUGAUAGAAACAAAGAUGGAAAGAUCUCUAAGGAGGAAUUCAAGGCUAUGUUAAGGGCCAUCAACGGCAAGGGAGUCACGGUCAAUUCAGACGUGGAGGCCGCCAACGCGUUCCAAGUGGCUGAUAAGGAUGGAGAUGGGUUCAUCGACUUCAAAGAGUUCAUGGAGUUGCAUAAUAAUAAGGUGAAGUCUAAGGAUAUAGAGAGCGCGUUUCGAAUUUUCGAUUCUGAUGGUGAUGGCAAGAUAAGUGCUAAGGAAUUGAUGGAAGUGUUAAGGAGGAUGGGCCAAAUGUAUAGCUUAGAGUCUUGUAACAAGAUGAUUAGGGAGGUUGAUAAUGAUGGUGAUGGCUUGAUUAAUUUAGCUGAAUUUACCACCAUGAUGACUACCACUUUGAAGUUUACUACUUAGUUUUUUUUUAACGUAACUUAGUUUUUUUUUUUUUUAAUAAGUUAAGCCGGUAUUUUACUUUUAAGUUAUCAAAUUUAGUACUAGUGUUUUUGAUGUAGUAGUUUUUUUGUUACGUACUACUAUAUGAUAAUAAGUUAACAAAUUUCAAUGGUUA